AUGUUAAAGGUAUCACCGGCGGAUGAGAAGACGGUAUUAAUCAAAAAGCUCAAGCAUGCGUGCACGAGCUACGAUGCCGCGGUAAAGAAAUACCUAGCGGCCGUGAAAGUUUUGGACAGCACCAUGGAGGCCCUGGCCAUCUCCCUCCGUGAGCUCUCACAGGAGGAGGAUAGCGAGCUCGCUCGCAACAGGGUCGACAGAUUCUGCACGGCGGUGGAUCGGCACAUGGCCAACGCUUCUGUUGGCGCAUCUGGCCACAACAAGCCACGCCCCACUUCCGUUGAAGCUACCCCCAGCAGCGCUGGAUACCCCUUUGCCAACUACAUGAGCGACUUGACGCGCGAGGCCACCAUGAUCAUAGAUGAGUUCAAGGAAAUGCUCAAGACAGCCGAGAAGUCAAAGUUGAAACAGGACGACCUCGUCUCCAAAUACAACAAAAAGCGCCUCGAAGUCGAUGAAUUGGAGCUGAAGUUGGCCAAGAAGAACCAGGGCAUCGAUAGCAACAGCAAAUUUUCCUCCAAGGUGGCCGACCGCGACGCCUUGAAGGCGCAGGUGGAGGCUGGUAAGAGGGCGUUCAGUAGCACCUACAGUGUGCUGCUUCAGAAGCGAACUGAAGUCCUCACGCGAGUCGUCGAUAGUCUGCAGACGUACUCCGCCAAAUACUACAUAAGCCUGUCCAAAACAAUGCAGGCGUGA